GAUGCGAAAAAUAAUCCAAACACCCCCAAAUAAAAUAUAUUUGUCGUGUAGUACGUUAAUACGGUGGUAAAACUAUGUCAACAAAACCCGCAUACGCGUAGAUUCAUCCGAUUUCACGCAGACACCAAAUCGUCUUCUUCGCUGGGCUGCUCCAUCGUUCAAAGCGAAGGCGUAUACGUACACCGAUGCAUACACAGAGAGAAACCCAUGUUGGAUUCAAGAUCUAAAGAGAGAAUCAAAAGGAGCAUGAACUUGUACUCGAGACCGAAGCGGACAGGGCCGAGGCUCGAUCGAAGAAACGCAAUCAAGAACAUCGAUUACGACGCGUCUACAUCUUCAUCAUCAUUCGACACUCAAUCGGCUCACCGAACUCGAUCACUUGAUAUUUCAUCGCUAUCCGAUAGAACGAGUUUUCGAAUUGGAGGAACCGACGGCGAAUUGGACUUGAUCUUCAGCACUUUAGGGCUUUCGCCAGAGGAUUUCGCAAUACCGACGGCUGCUUGGGAAGCGCAUAAAUCUUAUUCUCCUACGGGAGGUAGCUUACCCCAUAGCUCUAGGCUUCGUCAUUCUCCUCUGGGUUCGACUAGGGAAUCGCCGGAGAGUGAUUUCUCCGUGAGUUUUGAAAGUAAAAUUAGCUUUACAGAUGACGACGAUGUUAAGUCCGACGGCGAGUGUUCAAGAGCGGCUGAGGUUGGUGAAGCUAGGGUUUUGGCGACAAAUGGAAUUGCGAUUCGUGAUGACGUCGGCGUAUGUGGGAUUGAUGAAAACAGGCUUGGAAAUGAUUGCUCGGAAACAAGCAAUGGUGCUGAUUUAUUGAAAGCUCAAAGGGCUAGGGUUUUGGAAGAUGGUGGUGAUAAUGACACGAAUAAAACGCGUGAGAGACGACAUCCAGUCGUUGAAAGUGGAAUCAAAGGUCCACGGCCACCGUUACUCGCUCCUCCACCUCCUAUGUCACGAGCGAUUGUGGAUACUAUGGAUUCAAAUUGGGAUUUGAUUCGGAGUUUUGCUCCUGGAGAUAACGAAGACUCAGGAUCAGAUGAACCAGAUAGGGCCAUUACCAACGUUGAUGCAAACAGGACGACGACAUCAAGAAUCAAUACAACUGGUUCAAAUACGCUGGAUGAUGAAAACGACGGCUACUCUAGUGCACCUGCUGAACUUGAAUAUUCCCUUUCGUCCAAUGGAUCAUUUGGCAGUUUUAAAAACUGGCAGAAGGGAGAUUUUCUUGGAAGUGGUUCAUUUGGCACUGUUUACGAAGGCUUUAACGAGGCUGGGAACUUUUUUGCUGUGAAGGAGGUUUCUUUGCUUGAUCAAGGUAGCCAGGGAAAACAGAGCAUUUAUCAACUUGAACAGGAGAUAUCUUUAUUAAGUCAGUUCCAUCAUGAAAACAUAGUCCGAUAUCUUGGUACAGAUACGGAUGAUGGGAAACUAUAUAUCUUUCUUGAGCUUGUAACCAAAGGUUCACUAGCAAAACUUUAUCAAAAAUAUGAACUUCGUGAUUCCCAAGUUUCAGCAUACACCAGACAGAUUUUGAGUGGUUUAAAUUACCUCCAUGAACGAAAGGUUGUUCAUAGGGAUAUCAAGUGUGCUAAUAUCUUAGUUGAUGCAAGUGGAUCUGUGAAGCUAGCAGAUUUUGGAUUGGCAAAAGCAACCACAUUGAAUGAUAUAAAAUCUUGCAAAGGGACUCCAUAUUGGAUGGCACCUGAGGUUGUUAACAACAGUAGAUCAAAUAAUGGGUAUGGACUUGCAGCUGAUAUAUGGAGCCUUGGAUGCACUGUGUUGGAGAUGUUAACACGUAAAAUUCCAUACUCCCACUUGGAAGGGAUGCAAGCACUUUUUAGAAUUGGGCGUGGAGAACCUCCUCCAAUUCCCAACACAUUGUCUCGUGAGGCCCAAGAUUUUAUACUUGAAUGCCUGAAAGUCAACCCAAAUGACCGCCCUACUGCCGCCCAAUUACUGCAGCAUCCUUUUUUGAAGAAAUCUGGUUCUAUGAAUUCGGUUCUUGCUUCUCCACGUUAUAAUGGUGUACAGUUGUAGCAGACUGUUUUAUUGUGAUGUGUGACUGAUGUCAAUGAGACAAAAAUUGAAAAUUGUCUCCAUUCUGCUUGUGAAAAAUGUAUUGUUAGUGGAAUUAGAUUUGUUUUUUGUUUCUGUUUCUGUUUCUGUUUUGAUGAAUUUUAUUUUUUUGGGGUUGUGGUUUGUUUGCUUUCUCUGGCGAUGUUGUAAGUUGUAUUUACAGAGGUGGUUGUGGUUUCAGUUUGUUGUAAAGAGUGGCAUAAAUAGGGGUGUUUGUUACUGUUUGUAGAGAGAUGUUGUACAUAAUUUGGACAAAUGGGAAAAUCAAAGAAAAUUGUUUGAUUGAUCGAUCAAUCGG